AUCACACCGGCUGCACUCCUCUCUGCUGCCCCACGUGUCUCUCACCAAGGCACAAAAACAUCGCGAGCUGCUACAAAAACUGCAGCACAUGGUGGCGAGCCCGUAGCUGCACUCGACCCAAGAUCUGGCGCUCAUCUUAAGACGAAGUUAUAAAACAGUUCACGGUAGUUAGCGUGUCAUAAGUCAUUAGUCUUUGCGCUAAUCCCCAUCUGACCAGCCAUCCAUAGAUAGACCCAGUUUGGAAAAGGAAGACCACCAUUUCCCCACAUCUCCUCCUCGUGCUUCGUGCUUGUUCGUGCUGCACAGCUUUACCCGACCACCGCCAUGUCCUCAGCCGGGAACCAAGUGAAGAGCGUCCCCAUCCCGACCCGAGUGCUCACCCUCAAAGACUGGUCCCAGCUGCCCGACUGCUACAGCCAGACACCCGGGGGGACACUCUUCUCCACCACGCCUGGAGGUACCCGUAUCAUCUACGACAGGAAGUUUCUGUUGGACUGUAGAAAUUCACCCAUCGCCCGGACCCCUCCGUGCUGUCUGCCCCAGAUCCCGGGGGUCACGGUACCAGCCACACACCCUCUGGGCAAACUGCAGGAGCUCAAAGAAGAAGACGAGGAAGAAAAAGAGAUUGCAGAUGACAGCCAGUUCGAGAUGGACAUCUGAGCUUCAGUAUUACCUCCUGUGGAGAGUCACACAAACACCUCCUUGGUCAUUUUGACCAUUAUGCAUUACAUGUAAAGCUUUUUCACUUUUUUAAUAAAAAGCUUUGUGAGGAACCAAAUUUAUAAAACUUGGGGUGUUUUGGACCCUAAGGUGUAUUUAGCAAAUAAAUUGCAUUAACUAAGUUGAUUGGUUGCUCACUUACUUCAGUGUUGCAGGAUUUGGGAAAAAUCCAUUUUGAUUUAUUUUUUUUUAUCUUUUGUAAAUAGUGAAAUUGUUAUAACCUGUUUUUUAAGUUGGGAUGUGGGGGAAAUUGCAUUAGAAUGCAAGGCAUGUUUAGUUUGAUUUCCCUCAGAGGGAAUGCUCGCUGUGGAAGGUAACAGUCUCUGGCUGUUUGGGGUUCAGGGUCAGCAGAAAACCAGCUCUGCUGUUGUCAAUGGUUUGUUUUGUUGGAUGUGAAUAAUUUCAAAUAAAGAUUAUUCAGCCAUU